CAAUCAGCAGCACCAGUCUGGUCGACCACAUUCUCUCCCCAACAGGUGACCGCGGGGAGGCCGGCCGCCGGCCAGAUGUGGUGCGGAAGGACCAUGGCCUUGCUCCGGGUGUCGGGGUUAUGGCCGACAAGGGUGCUCGGGAGGAGACCGCUAAACUGCAGUGCUGCGUCACUGGCGGGAAGCAACUCCCCCCGGUGUUGGAACUGCGGCGGCCUAGGGGGCCCCUUGCGGGGGGACCGGUUCUUCUGCCCUCAGUGCCGCGCACUGCAGCCACCUGACCCCACGCGAGACUACUUCAGCCUCAUGGACUGCAACCGCUCCUUCAGAGUUGACACGGCGAAGCUCCAGCAUAGGUACCAGCAACUACAGCGUCUUAUCCACCCAGAUUUCUUCAGCCAGAGGUCUCAGACUGAAAAGGAUUUCUCAGAGAAGCAUUCGACCCUUGUUAAUGAUGCCUAUGAGACCCUUCUGGCCCCCCUGAGCAGGGGACUAUACCUUCUAAAGCUCUGUGGAGUAGAGAUUGCCGAAGGGACAGAUGAUGAAAUGGACAGUCAAUUCCUCAUGGAAAUAAUGGAAAUCAAUGAAAAACUUGCAGAAGCUCAAGGUGAAACUGCCAUGAAAGAGAUGGAAUCUGUUGUCAGAGCUAAACAGAAAGAAUUGACUGACAAUGUGAGCAGAGCUUUUGAAAGAGCACGGCAUGUGGGAUCUUAGUUGCUAGACCAGGGAUCGAACCCAUGCCCCCUGCGUUGGAAGCACGGAGUCUUAACCACUGGACCGCCAAGGAAGUCCUGAGCAAACAUUUUUGAUUGGGGGAAUAAAUUAAAAAGACUUUCUGAGACAUGGCUUCUGAGUCAGUGGAAUUACUUAUUUUUCCCCUCUCCCAGAUUCUUUCCCUUUUAGUCUAAACUCCAAGUUUAGCUGGACUUCUAAAUCCAGGAACCCUUUCAAGUGUUCCCUGACAAAUCCCUAUGGGAGGGAUGCUUCUAGACCUCUGAAAGGUUAACCUAUUUGGGUUAAAGUUUCUGACUGAGUAAAGGAAAUUAAGCACCCACCUCCUAAUCCCACAUCGUUCUUAACAUGGCAUCAGAACAAGUCGGAAGUUUUGACUAAUUUGUGACUGCUCCAAUGUCAAAUAGGCCUGGUGUUAUGGACUGAAUGUGUCCCCCCCAAAAUUCAUAUGUUGAAUCCCUAACCUCCAGUGUGGCUGUAUUUGGAGAUGGUACCUCUAGGGAAGUAAUUAAGGAUAAAUGAGGUUGUCAAGGUGAAGCCCUGGUUUUAUAGAUUAGUGUCCUUAUAAGGAAAGACACCCUUGCUCAGUCUUCCCACACUCAUGCACCAGGGAAAGGCCCUUUGAGAAAGCCAGGGAGACACCUACCAUCUACAAACCAGGAAGAGACUCCUCAACAGAUAGUGAAACUGACCCUGACAGCACCUUGAUCUUGGACUUCCAGCCUCCAGACUGUGAGAAAAUUAAUUUCUG